UGUGCUACAUCACCACCAUUGGUAUUGGCAUUGCCAGUGAUAGUGCAAUGGCCAUUGCCAUUACUGUCAUCAUAGCCAUAUCCAUAGCCACUGUCUCAAUCACUACCUUGAUCAAUCAUUAUAUGGCUUCCUCGUGUACUUAUCACUAUUUUUGUCCUAUUUUUAUAGGCUUCACAUCCAAUUCUCCAUCGAUGUCGUUUAGUUUAGUGAUGACAGAAAGAAGACAGCUUCUGCGCGAUCAGUGCCUCAAGAAGCCACCAAAUCCUUUAUUUCUCCAAGAAGCUGACUUUACUCGUUUCAUCGUUAUUGAAAAGUUGAAACUAGUGUUUUGCUUCAUCCCCAAAGUUUCAUGUACAACUUGGAAGCGAAUCCUUUAUAGUGCUGAGAAUAAUGGCGAAAAACUAGAAGGAAUCCCACACCGAAAGAAACUAUUUUCUUGGCUUCAGGACUACAGCAUUUUUGAGCGGCAGAAGAUAUUGAGCACCUACUACAAAGCUAUGUUUGUCAGAGAGCCUUUUGCGAGGCUGGCAUCAGCAUAUCGAGACAAAAUUAAAUUUGAUUGGUUCAAAAGAUUUAUUCUCCAUGACAGAACAAAGCGAGAAACUAAGAAAGGAAGAACGCUAUUUUCAGCAUUUGUAAAUAGAGUUAUUGAAACCAACGCCACACAACUAAAAGAUCGUGGUAUCGAGGAUCAACAUUGGCGCUCAUACGAGCAGAUAUGUCCGUGUGAAGUGGACUAUGACUUCAUUGGUCACUUUGAGAAUUUAGACGAGGAGGCACCAACGCUCCUGAAGAUUAUUGGCGUUGAUGGCUACGUAACAUUUCCUGAUUAUCGCCCGUCCAAGACUUCGUCGAACAUGUUGAAGUAUUACUCCCAAUUGACGAUAGAUGAAAUCUUUCAGCUGAAGAAACUGUUUGAUUUGGAUUUUAAAUUGUUUGGGUAUGACUUUCCCGGGCCUUUAGAGGGUAUUUUAAAGAAAAAAGGUCUCUCAGAAGAAAGCUGAUUACAUGCUUUUUAUGAUGGUUAUUAUUUUUGGCCUAGAUACCCGGUAUAUAAUUCCAGAUAUUCCGGAAUCUAUAUUUUAAGCUUAAGUACCCGGCCCGUACCUUGUUAAUUUUAUUUCCUAAGCUACGUCGUGUCCCUAUCAUUUUUCAACUUCUACAAUAGGGCCUCAGGAACUGUUGUAGUGACGACAUAAAAAUUAAAAACACAAGAGUGUCAUUCAGUAUGUUAUUUAAGUUAACCAUGGGAUAAAAUGGCCAAAAUUUCAACCGGUAGCCGUAAAAGCAAAUUGAGGAAUACAUCUUUCAUCGGUAAUGGCUUCUAUGGCUAACGGUUAAAAUUUUGGCCAUUCUACCGCACGGUUCACCCAAAUAACAUAAAAUGACACAUUGUUGAAAGGAAAACUUGUUACGGUUAACUUUUUUAACGACAAACGGCUUAAUAUUGUCCAGUUUGCACGCCUAAUGGCUACAAUUUUUGGCCGUUUUACGGCUAACAGUUAACUCCAUUUAAAGAGUUUUCACGAC